CAAACCAGUAUAAAUUAGGGCCCUUAGAAGCCUAAUAAUCUCAGAAAAAAACAAGAAAUCCCCAUCUCUAGCAGUGCAAAAGCCAAAAUUUUAGCCAUGAUGUAAAAUUUUGGAAUUGAUAAGUCCUAAGGUUAGUUGUAGAUUCAGCCAUGAUGUAAAAAUUCCCAUACAUAUUUGGAUGUAUAUUUUGUAUAGAUUUGGUUACUGUUUUGUGUUUUGACAAACCACGGAAUGACAAAAUCAUUUCGCGAUCCUAUGAGAUUUUAACCAAUCAUAUCACGAUUCGCGCCAUUUUUCUUUUGUAUUUUUUCCUGUGAUUUUAACGGAAUUACCGGUCAAAUUAAGCCUUUAAUAUGAUAUUGAUAUAAUUUGGAAAUAUAUAUUAUUAUUUUUUGUUGUUGUUGUUGUCUUUACUUAUCUAAUUCUUUUUUUGUUUUUUGUUGUCUUUACUUAUCUAACUAUGCAUAUAGUAAAGAAUUAUGACGUCCAAAGCCGCAUGGGAACCUGAACACGAACAAGUAUUUGUGGACUUCUGUGUGGAGCAAAAGAUGUUGGGGAAUCAACCUGAAAUGCAACAUAUAUUGGAAGCUUUUAAAGAAAUGAAGGGUGUGAGGUUUACCAAAGACCAGCUUAUGAAUCGUUGGGAUACAAUGAUCAAGCAGUGGAAGAUUUGGUGUAGACUUGUUCAACGCAAAGAUAUGAAAUGGGAUCUCCACACAAACACGUUUGGUGCCAGUGAUCAAGAAUGGGCCAACUAUUUAGAGAUGAAUCUUGAGGCUGGACAGUAUCGGUGUAAUCCUCCCUUGUUCCUCAAGAAACUAGAGAUCAUCUUUGCUGGUAUUAACUUAGAUGGUGAAGGUACGUCUUCAGGUAGCAAAAUGAAGCAAUUAUGUGAGCAUCAUGAUGAAGAAAAUGAUAACGGAUAUAAAUCUAAGCUAAGCGCGUCUGAUAUCGCAAUUCGUCGUCGGUUUAAGUGGCCACCAUCCUCACAUGCGAUUUUUGUGGACGUAUGUUUCCAAGAGUCUAUAAAAGGAACCACACCAACCAGACGUAACCAACGUUAUACAAAGGAAGCUUGGAAAAUGAUUCUUGAGGAAAUCAAUCGGAUCACAGGAGUAGGAUACACACAUAAGCAGCUCGAAAGCCACUUCGAACGUACCAGAACAUCUUGGAAGAACUGGUGUAAAACUAUUGCCUCUCCCAUCAUGAAGUGGGAUGCUAAUACUCGCAAGUUUGGUGCAACUGAAGAGGACUGGGAUACAUACUUGAAGGUAAAUAAAAAAGCUGCAGUGUUCAGAUGGAGACAUAUUCCUCACGCUGAUAAACUGGCAACCAUCUUCAAAGGACGUAUCGAACCUGGAAAGACCAAAACCCGCCGCUAUCGCAAGAGAGUGAUCGAUCAUCAUUCAGAAUCACCACAGCUACAUGAUCAUCAACCAGCUCCAUCAUCAGUAGUAGUCUACACAAAUGAGCCAGUCACAGGAAGUGACAAUAGAGCUGAUGAUGCUGAGCCUACCCCACUGAUUAGGUCAGACUCAGAGGAUGUUGUUGAAACUGUAACAUCUUUAUGUGAUGUUUUAAACACAAUGCAUGUUUCCUUUUAA